AUGAUGGUCAAAGCUCACACUUCACUAUUUGCUACAUUUACUCUCUUUCAGUUCAUCCUUACAGACACUGAUGCUCGUCCUAAUAAUGCUCAAAGUGCAGCAGGCCAAGCAUCUGAUAAACGAUGCAAGUGUGAAUGUCCAUCCAGUAAAAAUUCUCAACCUCAUCGCAACUAUCACAAUCACCAUCACAACAAGCCUCAUGAACAACUUUUUCAAUCACCACGAGAAGUGAUGCUACAUGAUCAAGACAGCAAGUACAACAUCAAUAUUUCCAUGCCAGUUGUUCAAUCGAUUCUCAGCCAAUCAACAAACAGUCUGAUCUCAUUGAAUGGUGAUUAUACAGUGAUGACUCACAGUCUGCAGCCAAAGAUGUAUACAGACGAGUAUUCACUACUGACUUCUAAUGUGUCAGUAUCAUGGCAAGAUCAGUAUGGACAGCCUCUCAGCCUGACAUUCCAGGUCUACUACUACAGUCCACUUGGUGAUAUGACAGCAACGAGCAAUCAGAAUGAUGCCAAAGACUCAAACUCGACCUCACACUCAUGAAAAACGGGUUCAACAGCAUCAGAAGAAAUGAGAAAGCUAACAAUACCACAUUACAUUGACUUUAUUUAUGUGUUUAGCGUUUUUCACACAAAAAAUGUAGUUAUGUAACUG